CUGUUAUGUUGUCAUCGUCGGUGGGCAUUCGCUCGAGUCAACUGGCCCCAAUGGGCAUUAGGUUCUUCGCCAGCAAGGCCCCCAAGCUGGUCUUGACCCUUAACUGCGGUUCCAGCUCUAUCAAGUACCAACUCUUGGACAUGAACUCUGAGGACUGCAAAGUGAAGGGUCUGAUCGAUUCGAUCGGCACUGAGAACUGCAAGCUCCGUUUCGACGCUGAGAGCCCUAAUGAGAGAGUUGAGAAGAUUCCCAACAUGUCCUAUGAGGAUGCUAUGACUUCGGUUAUCGAGGAUAUCAAGUCCAAGCCCGAGGUCAAGGAGGAGGGUAUCACUGGUGUUGGCCAUCGUGUCGUUCACGGUGGUCCUAAGCUCACUCAGCCUACCUUGGUCACCCCUGAGGUCCUGCAGGAGAUCAAGAACUGCAUCAAACUAGCUCCUCUUCAUAACCCUGCUAAUGCUGAGGGUAUCGAGAUCGCUGGCAAGAUUCUCGGUUCUGAGGUUCCCCAUGUUGCUUGUUUCGAUACUGCCUUCCAUUCAACUAUUCCCGAGUACGCAAGCACCUACGCUAUCCCUUAUGACAUUUCGAAGGAGCUCAAGUUGAAGAAGUACGGUUUCCAUGGCAUCUCGCAUCAGUACGUGUCGUUGAAGGCAGCUCAGGAUCUCCAUUUGGACCCCGCUCGCUCCAACUUCAUCGUUGCUCAUCUCGGGAGUGGUUGCAGUGCCACUGCUGUCCAUAACGGCAAGUCUGUUGAUACCACUAUGGGUAUGACUCCCAUGGAUGGCCUUGUCAUGGGAACCCGUGCUGGUAACCUUGACCCUGGUGUAGAGCAGUAUCUCUGCGAGCAGCUCAACCUUUCCAUUGAAGAGGUUACGAAUAUUCUCAACAAGCAAUCUGGUCUUCUUGGUGUCAGUGGUAUUUCCAACGAUAUGCGUGUGCUUAUUGAAACCUCUGAGGAUGAGUCCGUGGAUCCCGAGAAGCGUCGUCGUGCCAAGUUAGCCAUUGACAUGUUUGUAUACCGCCUCAGUCGUUAUAUUGCAUCUCUGAUGAUCUCCACUGGUUCUCGUCUGGAUGCCUUGGUCUUCACUGGCGGCAUUGGUGAGAACUCUUCCUAUAUCCGCUCUCGUGUGAUGCAGUCUCUCAAGUUCAUGAGGUUCUUCGAGAAUCCCAAGUACAACGCUGAUAACGGUGCUAGUUCUGGCGGCAUCAUCACUGAUUAUGACAGCCCCACUACGGGUAUGGUUAUUCAGACCAAUGAAGAGCUUCAGAUCGCCAGGGAGGUGUUGCAGGUGCUCAAGGCCGUUUCGAAGGAGAACUAAGUCUAGGAUAUGUUGUCGGCUAUUUAUCUAUCUUGGUAUUUUCGAUCAUCAAGGUAACUUGAUCAUUCUGUGAACAAUAGUACUUCCAAGGGUGUCUGUGUAAUAGCUCACUAGAUGUGUAGCACCCUC